UUCCCAAUAAUUCUUCAAUCUCUCCUUCACACCCCUCUCUCUCUCUCGCCUCCUGAAUCUAUAUCUUUCUCAGGAAGCAAUUACAACCCUUUUGCACUUCAAAUCAACUUUCGAAAAAGUCGAUACUUUCAAUUGGGAAUUCUCUAAUCUCAAUCAAAUUCAAUUCAAUUUUUCAAUCAAAUGCCCCCAAACCCAAUCUUCCUGCAACAAAACCCUUAGAAUAUCACCUUUCAAUACCAUUUUUCUGCAAAUUUUCACAAUUUCAAUUAAUACCAAUCAUAAAUAAUCCCCAAUUCUUUCAAUUCCUAUUGAUUUUUCAAAAACCCAUUUGUUAAAUCAUUCAAAAAAUCAUCCUUUUUAUUCUUUCUGGGGUUAAUCACUGUUCAAAUGUGUCUGUAAUGCACCCAGUUGGAACUAAGGCUGGGAGAAAGAAUACCCUCAAACGUUCUAGAUCAUUGUCAUUAGAUAUGCCUGCAACUGUUACAACUGAUAAUUCCAUGGUUUCCCAGAAAUUUGCUGUUGAUGAUGACGAUAGUGGCGAAAUCCCUUUAUUUUCUGUUGAGGAAAUUGUGCAAUACCCAUUGCCUGGUUAUGUCGCACCUACAUCACUUAGUUUUAGCCCAGAUGAUAAUUUAAUCACUUAUUUAUUUAGUCCUGAUCAUAGUUUGAGCAGGAAAGUUUUCAGCUUUAAUCUGGAAACUGGUAAGCAUGAGUUGGUGUUUAGCCCUGUUGAUGGUGGGCUUGAUGAGAGUAACAUCUCAGAGGAGGAGAAAUUGAGGAGAGAAAGAGCUAGGGAGAGGGGUUUAGGCGUGACGCGGUACGAAUGGGUUAAGAUGUUAUCAUCAAAGAAGAAGAUUAUCAUGGUGCCUUUGCCUGAUGGGGUCUAUUUGUAUGAUCUCUCUUCUUCAAAAGUUGAUCUAAAGCUUCAAAAAACACCUAGUUCUCCUAUUAUUGAUCCACAUCUUUCUCCAGAUGGUAAUAUGCUCGCUUUUAUAAGAGGCUAUGAGCUCCAUGUUUUCGAUAUCCUGUACAACAAAGAGAAGCAAUUAACAUUUGGUGCGAAAGGAAGUAUUUUAACUCACGGUCUUGCAGAAUACAUCGCUCAGGAGGAAAUGGAUCGCAAGAAUGGUUACUGGUGGUCAGCGGACAGCAAGUUUAUUGCAUUUACACAAGUUGAUUCUUCUGAGAUUCCGCUGUAUAGAAUCAUGCAUCAAGGUAAAAGUUCAGUUGGUCCUGAUGCACAAGAAGAUCACGCUUAUCCGUUCGCCGGAGCUUCAAAUGUAAAAGUUAGACUUGGUGUAGUGUCUAUUGCCGGAGGUCCUAUCACAUGGAUGGAUCUUCAUUGUGGUGGAAAUGACGACGAAGAAUAUUUGGCUAGAAUUAACUGGAUGCCAGGAAACAUUCUCAUUGCUCAGGUUUUAAACAGAGCUCAAACAAGGUUAAAAGUUCUCAAAUUUGAUAUUAGGACAGGUCAAAGGAAAGUUCUGAUGGUUGAGGAGCACGAUAAGUGGGUGAAUUUGCAUGAUUGUUUUACACCACUUGACAAAUCAGUAAGUGGUGGUUCGGGUGGAUUUCUUUGGGCCAGUGAAAAGACAGGGUUCCGUCAUCUUUACUUACACGACGUUGAUGGACAUUGUCUCGGGCCUAUAACAGAAGGUGAUUGGAUGGUUGAACAAAUUGCCGGAGUUAACGAGGCAACAGGUGUUCUGUAUUUUACCGGAACUGUAGAUGGACCUUUGGAGUCUAACCUUUACUCUGUUAAAUUGGUACCCAAUAGGUCCGGCCCGCUACAGGCCCCUGUUAGAUUGACACAUGGCAACGGUAAACACAUUGUUGUACUUGAUCAUCAGAUGCAGAGAUUUAUUGAUAUUCAUGAUUCUUUAACUUCUCCGCCGAAAGUUGUCUUGUGCUCUUUACGUGAUGGAAGCUUAAUCACAACACUGUAUGACCAACCAUCUGGAGUUCCAAGAUUCAAGAGGCUCAAACUUGAACCCCCGGAAAUCGUCCAGAUUAAAGCAGAUGAUGGGACUGUAUUAUAUGCUUCGAUGUAUAAACCUGAUGAAACAAGAUUUGGUCCACCACCUUAUAAAACUAUGAUAAGUGUUUAUGGUGGUCCAAGUGUGCAGCUUGUGUCUGACUCAUGGAUUAAUGCCGUUGACAUGAGAGCUCAGUACCUUAGGAGUAAGGGCGUCUUGGUUUGGAAGCUAGACAACCGAGGAUCAGCUCGCCGUGGACUAGACUUUGAAGCAGCCGUAAAGCACAGAUUCGGCCGCCUCGAUGCCGAGGACCAACUAGCCGGUGCUCAAUGGCUAAUCAACAAGGGACUAGCAAAACAGGGCAGCAUCGGCCUCUACGGGUGGAGUUACGGUGGGUAUCUUUCAGCCAUGACAUUAGCCAGAUUCCCCGAGGUCUUUACCUGUGCUGUUGCGGGGGCCCCAGUUACUUCUUGGGACGGUUACGACAGUUUCUACACUGAAAAGUACAUGGGAUUACCCUCGGAAAACUUAGCAGGCUAUGAGUUUGGCUCGGUAAUGCACCAUGUUCGUAAUGUCAAAGGGAAGUUGCUAUUAGUUCACGGUAUGAUUGAUGAAAAUGUUCACUUCAGGCAUACUGCUAGGCUUGUGAAUGCAUUUGUGUCUGCAGGUAAACCUUACGAGCUUCUUAUUUUCCCGGAUGAGAGGCAUAUGCCUCGCCGUUUGAGGGAUCGGAUUUAUAUGGAGGAGAGGAUCUGGGAAUUCAUACAGAGGAACCUCUGAAAUUCCUGGAUUCUUAUUUUGUGGAAAAACCCUAUUUAUUUGGAUGAUAAUUACCCUCCCUCCCCACAUUUCCCCUCCUUGUUCAUUCAUAGUUUUUCUGUUUCUUUCCUGGAGUUAGUUUCCCGUUUCUUUUUUCUUUUAUGAUGGGAAGGCGGUAUAGAGAACGAGUUUUUUCCCCGUUUGUUUUAGGGGAAAUAGUAAAUUUCUUGUGGUAAUAAACCCUUAAUUUAGUGUUUUCCCCAUCGAUUUUUCGUUUGUAGAAUAGUUUGGUAAACUAGAGGUUACUACUUUUCUUCCCUGUAAUAUUGUAAAAAUAUUGCCUUCAAGUUUUGGCCUUGUGUUUUGCUGGGUUUUUACAAGCA